UUUCUAGUCGGUGUCUAGGGUUUGGGUUUUGACAGGCCUCUCCUUCUCGCUCCUGCUCCGCUUCCACGGUCGCUCAACUCAUGGCCACCGUUGCCGCCGCCGCCGCCCCGCGGGGCUCCUCCUCGAAGACGGAGAGCUAUGUUGACACGAAGAGGCGUGACGAUGUACGGCAGGCUAACAUCCUCGCUGCCCGCGCUGUCGCCGACGCGGUGCGCACCAGCCUGGGCCCCAAGGGAAUGGACAAGAUGAUCGCCUCCGCCAAUGGCGAGGUCAUUAUCACCAACGACGGUGCCACCAUCCUCAACAAGAUGGAGGUCCUCCAGCCUGCCGCUAAGAUGCUCGUCGACCUCUCCCGCUCCCAGGACGCCGCCGCUGGUGAUGGCACUACCACUGUCGUCGUCCUCGCCGGCUCCCUCCUCCGCUGCUCCCUCUCCCUUCUCUCCGCCGGUGUCCACCCUACCGCUGUCUCCGACGCCCUCCACCGCCUCGCCCUCCGCACCGUAGACAUCCUCCACGGCAUGGCCAUCCCGCUUGAGCUCUCCGAUCGCGACGCCCUUAUCAAGUCCGCUGCCACCUCCCUCAACAGCAAGGUCGUCAGCCAGUACUCUUCCCUUCUCGCCCCCUUGGCCGUCGACGCCGUCCUCUUCGUCGUCGAUCCUGCCCAUCCAGACCUCGUUGAUCUCCGUGAUGUCAAGAUCGUGAAGAAGCUCGGUGGAACCGUAGAUGACACCGAGCUGGUGAAAGGGCUCGUCUUUGAUAAGAAGGUUAGCCAUUCAGCCGGCGGCCCUACUCGGGUUGAGAAUGCCAAGAUUGCAGUCAUCCAGUUCCAGAUCUCGCCACCAAAGACUGACAUUGAGCAAAGCAUUGUGGUCUCCGACUACACACAGAUGGAUCGGAUCCUUCGCGAGGAGCGAAAUUAUAUUCUAGGGAUGGUUAAGAAGAUCAAGGCCACAGGCUGUAAUGUGCUCCUCAUCCAAAAAAGCAUUCUUAGGGAUGCCGUGACUGAUCUCUCGCUACACUACUUGGCCAAGGCGAAGAUCCUGGUGAUUAAGGAUGUAGAAAGGGAUGAGAUUGAGUUUGUGACAAAGACAUUGAACUGCCUGCCAAUCGCCAAUAUCGAGCACUUCCGAGAGGAGAAGCUUGGCUUCGCAAAUUGUGUGGAGGAGGUCUCAGUUGGGGAUGGGAAGAUCGUGAAGAUCACAGGGAUAAAGGACAUGGGGAGGACGACAACUGUACUUGUCCGAGGAUCGAAUCAGCUCGUUCUUGAUGAGGCAGAGCGCAGCCUCCAUGAUGCUCUCUGUGUUGUCAGAUGUUUGGUGAACAAGAGAUUUCUCAUUGCUGGUGGCGGUGCACCAGAAAUUGAGAUGUCAAGACAACUCGGUGCUUGGGCAAAAGAACUUCAAGGAAUGGAGAGUUACUGUAUAAAGGAGUUUGCAGAAGCUCUUGAAGUUAUUCCCUACACUCUGGCAGAGAAUGCAGGGUUAAACCCAAUAGCUAUCGUUACAGAACUCAGGAACCGACAUGCCCAGGGUGAGAUCAACACUGGUAUCAAUGUGAGGAAGGGUCAGAUCACAAACAUAUUGGAGGAGAAUGUCGUGCAGCCACUGUUGGUUAGCACUAGUGCAAUUACACUAGCCACUGAGUGUGUGAGAAUGAUCUUGAAGAUUGACGACAUUAUCACUGUGAGGUAGACUGGAACAUGCUAACAGGCAUCCUCUUUUGGAUCAUGCAUGUUUUUGUUUACCUCAGGUACUUAAUCCACCAGAACUGCAAGAAUUGGCAAUUUGUAUUCCCGGUUUGUGUGAAGACUUUAUUACCAGUUUAGGUGCUAUAUGGCCAUUUUGGUCUUUUGAUAUUAUUCGGAUUAUCAUGUUUUGUCUUGGUUUUGCCAUUAACUAUGCUUGUAUGAAAUCAAAAUGAAUGCAUCCUUUCCUUCAGUUA